AGGAUACCUCGUGGCAUCAACCAAUCACCUAUGCCCUGUGUGAUAGUGGCGGAGGCUCUCGAGCUCUGACCUAUACCAUGGGCUGCUAUCGGGCUUUGACCAUGCUGAAGCACAUGGAGAAGUUCCAGUCCGUGAGCAGCGUCUCGGGCGGCACCUGGGGCACCAGCAUCUACAUGUUCGGCGCGACGUUCAAGGGCUCGCCGGUGUCCAACACGGAGCUGCUGGGGACACCACUCAAUCCCCCGGACUGCACGCUGGCGAGGCUACAGGAGGCGGUGCCGGCCAUCGCUUCGGGCAUCGUGGAGGGAGAUUCGGACAAGAUCCUAGCAGAGCUUGGGGUCGAAUUCUUGGGCAGGGAAUGGGAGGUCUGGCCUCAUGUCAUGUCACGCUGGCUCUACCGCUAUUUCGAUGACCUCAAGAGCUUUGACAACUACACAGCGGUGGACGCCGCGCAGAUCGCGAAAAUCAAAGAGCAGAAUCCGCAACUGGAGAAGAAGCCCUUCCUGUCGAUGCGCGCGGACCGCCGCACCCAGGCGUACACGAUGUGUUGCACGAUGUUGUCCCCCGAGGGCCGCCUGGCCACCGAGAGCAACGCGGUGUCGUUGCAAAUGGCGGCCAAUCGGACGGGGAGCCCCUUCUACCCCGACAAUGCGCAGGUGAAGUACCAGAAGGCACCCAUUUGCCCCUGUGACAAGUGCUGCUACAAGUGCUGCACCAUCACACGCACGGUGGGCGGUGGCUUUGUGGAGAGCUUCGCCUUCGGCGGAGAGGCACCCAACGCCAAGGGGCAGAUGGGUGGCCAAGGUGUCAAGGUGGGCGCGCCGGCGAAGCCCUUUGCUUUGCCCUACAUGGCUGGCAUGAGCAGCUGGGCGCCGGGCGGCGUCAUGGACAGCUCGGCGGUGUUGGGGGAGCUGGGCAACCUCCGCCAGAAGUAUUGGCCCGUGACGUCUCCGCAUCUCCCGAAGGCGCAGAAGGCCCUGAUGUACGAGUUCGGCGACGGCGGCCUGAUCGACAACUCCGGCGUGUUGUGCCAACUGCAGCGCGGCGCCCCGAAGUUCGUUUGGAUCGCCACGGCCUGGUCAGCCUUCAGCACUACCUAUGACUGGGCAAAUGCCACAGUGGAAAAUUUUGAUCCCAUAGCGGCGGGGGUGGUCGACCAGCUCUACGUGCUCUUCGGAUACAACACGACGUCGGAAGGCUAUUUCUACGCGAACGAUCAGGUCUUUGAAAAAGACCUGCUGCUGCCGAUGUGCAAAGAGCUCCGUGCGCUGGCGCUGUUGGGGAAGCCUGCCGUGCUCAAGAAGACCAUGAGGGUCCUGCCGAAUGAGUGGUGGGGCAUCGUGGGGAACUGUGAGGUGGAGUACAUCAUCAUUUACCUACAGGCCUGUCAGGAUUUCCAAAAGGCGUUGCCCGCGGAGACCCAGGCAGAGAUCGCCAAAGGAAGCGAUGGGAUGUUCAACAACUUCCCCAUCUAUUCCACGACGGGCAACAACUCGGGAGACGCCCUGGGGCUCACCACACCCCAGGUGAAUCUGUUGGCCGCGCAGGCGCAGUACUCCGUGGUGGUGAACGCGGCGCUCUUCAACGAGCUUCUGGGCUCCUAUCCGGACCAGACGGACGUCUGAGCUGGAGUGCGAGUCCGGAGCGGAGACGCCUUCGAUUUCUGCCGGUGAGGCUUUUUCUUGACGACGCGAGGGCAGAGGGGCAGAGAAAGUGAAAGUCUGAGGCAAAGUUCUCGACAGCGGGGGGCCGUUGCCCUCAAGACUUGCAGCUGAAAGAGGUGGGGUGUAAUGGCUAGC